AUGGCCUGCCCAGCCAGAGUGGCCGAUGCAGGACAGGAAAAUAUAGAGACGGUGCAUGAGCCGAAGCCCAUACAAGCCGAAGGCAUCCCCUCUACACAGCAUCGACUACUCUAUCGCGGUGCCCUUUCUUUACCAGAUUCUCAUUUGCUCCUCGACGGGUUGACAUUCUUUGCUACGACCUCCCAGUCUCCUGAAAAGGCUCUGCUGGAGAAUCCCCUUGCCCUUGCUCUGGAGAGCAUGCGUGGCCGACCAAGCCUACGAUUCCUGGGUCUCGUUGUGUUGAAAGAUUUAUACAUGGAUUACAGCGGGAACAUCUCAGUCGACAUCCAUCCACAAGCGUUGCUAUCGCAAGUCUACUUUGAGAACGUCUUUUGUUUGAAACCACAGAGCGAACGGGGAGUUAAAGUUGCCUUAGGCGAUACCGAUGGUCCCGAGACGACCCAGAUAGUCAUAUAUGCCCGCCGCGAUGGACAUGCUAUUAACCUGUGUGUUGGAAGAAUUAGCACCGCACCCCCGCCACCAUCAGUUCCACGUCUGCCGCGCCCAGAUGACCCGAUACCCCGCGUCCCUCCUUUGCAUCUAGGUAAACACCCCCGGGUCCGGGAACUGAAGAGGGCACAUACUUCUGUAGAACUUGGCAGCAAAGGCGGCAAACGUCAAAAGAUUCUCGAUACCGAUACGACUUUCAAGGUCCCAACGAUCCUAAGCCGGGGCAGUGGUAUCCCGCAGACGAAGGCGAAAGGAAAGACAAAGGAGAAAGGGGACGAAGCGCACGAGGACGUUUUCGGGACACUGAAUGCGCAAACGAAAGGAAAGCGCAAGCAAACCGAAAAGUCGAGCCUUCAAAUCGAUCCGGAAAUCGAACAGGGCAACAAACUGCUUGUCAAGCAAAUGACCGUCCAGUACCUCACAUUAGGUCUUCCUGCACCGCCUCCUGGCUCUCCUCUCAUCGACGCUUGUGGAGCAUGUCCUCCCGUAUCAAAGACGCACCCCGAAUACAAAGAUAUCUUAGGAUGGAUAUAUCGGGGCGUCUCAUAUGCAUUGAGAACCAAGAUCAAGUCUACGCCCCUGGAUCCUCAGGUCGUAGACAAGUUGGUUCGCGCGCACGUCCAGAUGUACGCAAGUGCAGUGCCUCCAAUCAACGGUCUCGCAAUGGUAGAGAGGGAAGACGUCUAG